AUGUCGCCAUUCAUCAAAAACAACAAUAAACUAAAACAAAUAUUAUCAUUUCGAGAAAUAGCCGAAAAGAAAACUGUACUAGCGAGAAUGAGUGCUGGAUCACGUGAAGAGGAAACUCAAAAUUUGUUAGGUCAAUUACAAAUGAAAAUGAUUGAUAUUCAAACAUCAUUGAAGAAAUCUACUGGACAAAUUGAAGGACUUAAACGAGAAAUUCAACGUUCAAAGUUAACUGACAAAGAAAUCAAUACAUUACCUACGGAAACACGAAUGUUUAGUUCAGUUGGUCGAAUGUUUGUAUUAAAUACAAAAGCUGAAGUUCGUGAACAAAUCGAAAAAAAGAUCAAAACAUGUGAAGACGAUAUCAAGAAACAAGAAUCGACAAAAACAUAUUUAGAAAAACAAAUGCGUGAAUGUGAAACACAUUUCAAAGAAAGACUUGGAGGAGGAGCUGCUGGAGGAAAAAAAACACGUUCAUAG